ACAACAGAAAAGCGUACGGUCCAACCACAGCUCAACUGCAACUAAUUUUAGAUUGGUUUAUUGAUUUUGGUUAGAAGACACACACGCAUCAUCUUGAUUCUAUAUGUUUUAAUGGUUGGCAUUUCGUUUGGACGUCAGGUUGUGAAAAUUCUCCUCAUAGGUUGAGCUGCGCGUUGAUUUGAGGGACUUUGGUUAGGUUCCAAUCCGCGUCAGGCUAUCGGUGGCGUCGCGCGCAUGCCACGCUGAGUUCGGUUUGGAAAGGCAAAAGCGUCUCCACACUGACAUGCGCUCGCACACAUAGCAGAGAUCCGUUCGAGAACCUGGGAACUAUAGACUGAUCUUCCAGGUCUUAGUACAACACACGGGAAUCUCGUCCCCGACAGGACCUCUUUAUGGGAGCGGACAAGGAUUGUUAUGUGAUGGGUCUUGGAGAAGUGCCCGGGAACGCUUCCCUUCAUGUGGAAAGCAGAAUGAGCAGGUUUAUUUCAGUCGAGAAGUUUGGUUUCGACUUGAAGCAGAAUCAUAUUGGGAAAUAAGGAACUACAGAUAUAAAGGGAUAAUAACCGAACAUAGAGCAGCUGCAGAACAUUCCCACUUACCAAGAGGGGUUAAUUUGGUCCGCACCUUUGGAUUGUAUGUUUUUUGUCUGACUGGCAGGAAAACAUUGGAGUACGUUAUUUGGAUCUUUUGAAGUAUCUUCAGUCUUUGGAAAAGCCAACGAAUACUCCAGCUGAUCAGAGAUCAGCGCUUACUAAUCUUGGAAAUUGAAAUGUUGCUGUUUUAAAGACACAGUAAAGGUCAAAUGACCGUCUUUACACGCUCUAUAAUCUAACUACCGUAUCUAUGAGAUGGAAAAACGGGGACUGUACGGCGUCCUUUAUUAUUUAAUUCUUAAUGCACCCUUGUUAUUCUGUGUAAAUGCUACAUUCACUGAAGUGCCCAAAGAUGUGAGUGUCGGUGAGGGUGAAGACGUUGAGAUGCCGUGCGCCUUUCGGGCCAUCGGAUCCUCGCCCUUCUCGCUUGAGAUCCAGUGGUGGUACCUAAAGGAGACGACAGCUAAAGAACUUGCACAUGAACUGCAAAUAAGUGCUCCGGCGAACAGAGCCAAGGUCGCUACAAAGGAUGCCACAAAAAUAAGCACUGUGAGAGUGCAGGGCAGUGCCAUAUCCCACAGGCUUAGCCUGUCCAAGGUGCGCAAGGAGGACGAGGGCGUGUAUGAGUGCCGGGUUUCUGACUUGUACUCUGACGAGACUCAGGAAUACAAGGUUCAAGCCACCCUCCGGGUGACCCCACGUGACGGCAUGGUGGCCGAGGAGGCCGUGUCCCACAUCCAGAAUAGAUGGCCGCUGAGGAACAGCAAGGAGGUAGCAGCAGGGGGGCGGGCUACCUCUGAGCCGGAUCAGGGAAAGCCCCGCGUGUCUCUUCCAGCGGGACCCGGGCCCCUCCCCGCCAGCACGACGACCACAGCCUCUGCAGCAAAGUCCUCAGCUUCGCCGCGGCCCGGCAAUGCGGCCAUCCUCCGACAGCAGCACGGAGCUGGUUCCGGAGCCAUUUCAACCACUGACCCUUUGCUCUUCAUCACUCUGCUCAUCCUCCAUAAGCUCCUCCCCUUCCUUUUUGCCCAAUAAGUGACUUAAACCAAACGAUGACCCGCAAGUUUUCACUUUAUGUACCAAACAACGAAAGGGAAAUAUAUUUACCAGUACGGCACAUCACUACGGAUGAGGAAACCUAUGUCUAAAAGAGAAGGAUGGACUGAUGAUGUAAGGACUGAGUGAAAGGGGAGGGGCAGAAGAAGGCCGGGGUCUUCUGACCUGGACUAACAGAAGACACUUCUUAACACUGGAUUGUAUACAGUAUGGGUUGUAUGAGAAGCAUGAAACAAGGAAUCUAUGUGAAUAAGAGCUUCACAGAUUCAUCACACACACACACACACACACACACACACACACACAGACACACACACACCAAUAUCCACUAAACGCUGCAUCCAGUUUCCAAAUAGUAUAUGCCCUGCUACAUGCAUGGCCUUUCUUAUUUAUUUUUUUCAAUGGAUAUCUUGCUUUUUAUUUUAUUUUUUCCAAUGCAUUAUAUAUUUGUAUUACAUUUUCAGUUACAUGGGUUUUUGUUUAGAAUUCCCUUUUCAGGAGUUUGAAUAAAUGUUUUCAUUAUUUCUGCUUUUAUUUAAGAUAUCCAAUCAUUAUGUUUGUUUAGGUUGAUUUGCAUGAGCUGUUGAAAAGUAACCCAUCCUUUUUUAUUUCACAGGGGUCUUAUUCAUGUUUGGUCCUUUCAUGGAGACUGUGCGUCUAUGUAGUUCUGUUCCUCCACACUCUCACUCUUUCUCUCGCUUAUGAUUUCCCAAACGUUGUUUCAUGAUGUAUACAAAUAUGAUCAUAUAUAUUUUGAUUAAAUAAGGCACACAUUACCAUAGUUGUUGUUAGUCACCUUCAAUAAUGUUUAUUUUUAUUAAAGAUGGUGAUCAAGGUAAGACAUUCAUUUAUAUAAAAAGAAAAACGUAUUGGUAUGUUGCCAACACCAGUUGAAAUAAAAGUUGUUGUUUUUCUAAAUAAAAUGGACCUCAAAAGCA